UCACGCCCUAACCAAACUAACACAAAGACAUAAUAAAGGAACUAAGAUCAGAACGUGACAAGUGGACUAAUGAAAAAAAAUACCAAGAGUUUUUGAGUGGUAUUUUGCUUUAACAAUCUUAACUCCUCCUACACAUUUCCUGAAGAGAACCUACCACAAGUUUUUUUUUUGGGGGGGGGAAUAUAAUGAGAUAAGGAGAGGGAGUGGACAUACAGGAGAGAGGAGAAUCUGCUCUAUCUUCAUUUUUGAUUACAGAGUAGAAUUAAAAUAUACUGUGGAUAUGUCACAUUGUCAUCUGAGGAUUCCAUAGCUGAAGAUAACUUUGAUGUUACAACAGCUGGAAAUUGAAGGAGGGAUCAUGCAUUCAGGUGUGUGGCUGAGGUUGAUGACACUGACAACUCUGACAGUUCUCAUGGCAGCUCAAAGACCUGAGGUUUUCACUUUGAUGGUUCAUCAUGGUCUGAUCUUGACCGCGUUGAACUCCUCAGUCUCUCUGGCUUGUGAACUCUCACCUCUCUUCAAUGCGGAGCCAUUGGAGGUGCGCUGGUAUCGGUCCGGUGACUUCGACAAACCUGCCUUGUUGUACAAAGAUCACAAGAUCCAGGUGGCCCCUGUGGACCCCCGGUACAGGGGCAGGGUGUCUCUAACUGGGGGGCUGGAGAGAGGGAAUGUGUCCCUGACACUGGAGAGGGUCACACUGGCAGACGGGGGGGGGAAGGCAGGUGCUGUCCUCUGCCAGAAAGUCUUGAACAGGUGUGGGCAAUCGGGGUGUGGCAGCUUGUAGCGCCGUGAGGCUGUUGUAGUUUGGUGGCCAUGUGGGCUUUCGGUUUGGUUUUAAAUCUUCGGUUUUUGGGAUGUCCUUUUUCUAUAUACAAUUAUUUGUUGAUCACAGUGGCGACACGUCAUUCAGGGCAGGUGGAGCGUUUUACAAACAAUGUAAAAAAAAUGUUUCAAUUAGUUAAUAAAGCUGCAUACAAACAUGCA